GAUUCCUAGUGAAUUCCUCAUACGACCCUUACCUACCUAUCGACACCCCUCUAUCUUAACGCCCAUGGCUCCGUAUCUCGAAUCAGUAAAGUCGUUUGCAGAUGUUCCUAUCACCGACGCAGGCGUCGACACCGUGGCCUUCCUUGAAGCCUCAGAUGGUCUGGUUGGGCUUUUCGAUAUCCUCGGAUCGACCGCAUUCUCCGUCGUUCAAGCAGACUUAAAGGGCAACAUCGCCAAAGUUCGUGCGCGCUACGAAGCGACACCAACACUUUCGGACACGCUCGAGAAAUUGGUUCAGAACGAGAAGGGCGAAAAGAAGCGGACAGCAACGGAGGGUUUGAUUUGGCUGUUGCGCGGAAUGUCCUUCACAUGCAAAGCGCUCCAGAACGUGCAAGAAAACAAGAAUGAGGAGCUCUCGAUUGCGUUCAGCAAAUCUUAUGAGGGCACGCUGAAGAAGUUCCAUAAUUUCGUUGUGAAGGGCAUAUUUGCGGUGGCCAUGAAGGCGUGCCCCUACCGCGCGGAUUUUUUUGCAAAGCUGCGCGCUGACCCUGCUGGAGGACCUGCGGCUUCUGAGGAAAAGUCGAACGAAGAGCUGGAUAAGUGGCUCGCAGCCUUGGCAAGUAUCGUGACAAGACUGGAGACAUUCUACGAGAAAGGUGGAUACGGCAAGGGAUUCUAGAAGACUCAUCACUUGUCACCUUGACAAUCCAAUCGUGAUGCAGAUGAGUCGCAGAAGAUCUUCGGAGACGAAUAGAAGACUCAUCACCUGA